AUGUCGGUGGCCCGACUUCCAACUGAGAUUAACGACUGGGAGUCUAAGAAGGCUAAGAGGAUGGCCUCACCAAUGCUGGGCUUCUCGGAUGAGGAUAAGGUCGGAACUCUCCAACCCCACGAUGAUGCUCUAGUCAUCACGCUCAGGAUUGGGGGAUAUGAUGUGAAGAGAGUGUUAGUCGAUCAGGAUAGUGCUGUGGAAGUAAUGUUCCCCGACCUAUACAAGGGGCUGAAUCUGAAACCCGAAGACUUGACGACAUACGACUUCCCUUUGGUAAGCUUUGAAGGGAAAACUGUUACUCCGAGAGGCCAGAUUAGACUGCCCAUACAAACAGGCUCGGACAUAGUGGAGGUGGACUUCAUAGUGGUGGACGCAUACUCACCCUACACAGACAUCGUAGCUAGGCCUUGGCUUCAUGCCUUAGGGGUUGUUUCCUCUACCCUGCACCAGAAGCUGAAGUACCCGUUGGAGGGUCGGGUCAAAGAAGUUAUAGGGGAUCAGGCCAUGGCUCGACAAUGCAUGGUGUCCGCCAUCUCACGACGGCCGAGUGCCGAGCCCUCAACCUCUACCAAGAACGGCUUAUAG